AAUGGGGGAGUAUUUCAUAAACAAAUUCCUGCAAAUCGCGAGACCAGCUCACCAGCUGCUAUUUGGUCUUCUCCGGCAUCUCUUUUGUAGUAAUUAAACUAAUAAUAAUAAUUGAAUGUGUUCCCUCAGAUCCACCAGCACCAGAACUUGCAUUGGUUGGAUCUGAUCGGAGCCCUUUCAAAAAAUUUCAAUCGCUCAUCUCAAGUUGGAUCACAUAUACUUCUCCAUCUCGUCGUUCUUGAUCAUUUUUCGUUUUCCAUAUUUGUUAUUAUGAGGUUUUGAGUAUCGACGUUGCUGCGACUUGCAUAAUCCAUAACAUUCUCGAACAAAAACAUUCGGAGUAUAAAACAAGAUAAAAAGGUUGGAGCUUCGAGGAAUGGGUUCGUUAUCUGCAAUCAGCGAGGAUCUCGCUGAAAUUGAGGGACAGAUUUGGGAUAUCUUUCGAGCUCUGACGAAUGGGUUUCAGAAAUUGGAGAAGAUUAAGGAUCCCAACAGGCAGAGCAGGAUGCUGGAGGAGCAUACUGAGAAGAUGCGAAAUUGUAAGAGGCUGAUUAAAGACUUUGACUCAGAAGCAAAAAAAUUGGAGCAUAGAAAUGAUGCAAACACGAACAAGAUGCUCAAUGAGAAAAAACAAGCAAUGAUCAAAGAGCUGAACUCAUUUGUUGCUUUGAAAAAGAAAUAUGCAGCCAGUCGUGACAACAGACGAGUAGAUCUCUUUGAGGGCCCUAGUGAAGGUUUUGCUGAGGAGAAUGACUUGCUUGCUUCAAAUAUGAGUAAUCAAGAGCUAAUGGAUCAAGGGAAUCAUAUGAUGGGCGAGACCGAUCAAGCUAUUGAUAGAGCACAAAAGGUGGUGCAUGAAACUAUUAGUGUUGGAACUGAAACUGCAUCAGCUCUCAAAGCACAGACUGAACAAAUGAGUCGGAUUGUUAAUGAAUUGGAUUCAAUCCAUUUCUCUAUUAAGAAGGCUUCUCAACUGGUCAAGGAAAUUGGAAGGCAGGUUGCAACCGAUCGUUGUAUAAUGGCAAUGCUCUUUCUCAUCGUGCUCGGUGUCGUUGCAACCAUUAUUUUGAAGAUUGUUAAUCCCCAUAGCAAGGACAUCAGGGACAUUCCGGGAUUAGCUCCCCCAGCUCCCGCUCGAAGACUGCUUUCAUAUCCUAACUGAAAGUCCACAUUGACUCCCCAUGUAGGCAUAUUUUACACAAGAAUGUGUUCUUAAGCUUGUGGGGCACUAUAGGAGAAGCAGAACAUCCAGUCGUGGGAUGGAGGAGAUGAGGAGAAGUGGACUUGAUUGAUCAUAGCUUCGACAUUCUUUGACCUUAUUGCUAACUUUCAGAUGAUCAUACUUUGUUUAUUGAAUAGACUGGUAUUUGAAGUUCAGUCUAUUCUGGCUUAUGUAUGCAUAAUGCAUUGCAAAGCUAUAUUUAGAGAUGAAGGGAAACCUAUCCUUAUACAAGACCUGAAAUGAAGUUUGUGAAUACAUUCCAACACUGUCAAGACUCAAGAGCCAAACAUAUCUUGAAAUGCAUAUAUAAUAUUACUUCGACUUUCUAUAAAGAGAUUCAUGUUUGAUUAUAGUACUUUUUAAGUUUGUUC